AGUGGCUCCGACUCGGCUAAUGAGUGGGAGAAGCCAUCGACACAUCCAAUCCAUCCAAUUUCCCACCCACAUUCAUUGGGUUCAGAACCUGAAGGGACUGGGGAAUCGGCAUGUGGCAUAAGGUAGUUACUUAGUACUCUGUACAUACUCGCUUACCUACCUACUUAUCUUUUUAACUUAUUGUGAGGAUUCAUCUUGCUUUCGCUCAAUUUGUUCGUUCGCUCAUAACUCAAAAAUUAGCUGCAGCCACUGUCGUUCUCGCGGUUUUUAUUUAAUUAUACAUAUUCCGUCGUUGCAAAAGCUUGGACGAAUAUUCGUUCGGUCGCUAACUCGCACUGGAUCCAUGUUGGAGAGUCUAGAAAGUGGUCAAACCAUCACAACCCCCGGUUGCAUCUUGUCGCAAACGGGUCUUCUGCUGUUACGAAAUCUCCAAUCGCGCCUUCACCGACCCUCACUAAAAUAAGACCCCUGCUGGGUUUCUCUCGUGGUGCUCUACCUACCGAACCUGUCCGUCCUAGCCAAGCGAAUAUUGUAAGCGUCGUUGGCUCGUCCGUCCUUAAUCUUUAGUCUUAGCUUCCACCUCCAACCUCGACCUCGACCUCAACCUUGACCUCAGCCUUGGCCUGGCCUCGUUUUACCGAAGUCGUCCCCAAUUAACCUAAAGAUCGCCGCGGCCCUCCUCGACACUUGGGCAGUAAACAUCUCUCCCUCUAUAUUCAUUUCUGCCUCCCCUCGAUUAAGGCUCGCGGCGAGUCUUUACGCGCCUUCUCCAUGAAGAGGCGCUCCUCCGAGUCGGCCGACGACGGUGACGAAUCCUCCCUCGACUCCGAUAUUCCCGACCCGGAUCCUUUUUCAAAAACGCGCACAUCACCGGCACGGGCUCGAAGACCGAGCGGUCUCAAUUGGAACCCCUCCAACGAUCGCAAUGGCAGAAACGGCCAGCUUCGCGAAGAGCCUCGCCAAACCACCACCUUAAAGCCCACCUCUCUUGCAGCACCAUCCACCCCCGACAUGGCUCUCGCUAGGACACCGACGCAGUCUCCGUCGCCGAAUCGACGCAUACCUCGUCCGCGGUUCUCCAUCGUUGUCUUGCUCACUUCUGCAUUGGGUAUCGUCAUUCUUAUCAGUAUCCUAAGGUCUCUUGUGACCAGCCAACUCGAUCCAAAGGGUUGCCGGAUGUCAUACAUGCGCCCAUCAUAUGUGCGCUUCACAGAGUUUGAUACAGAACAUACACGCUUUGCAACCAAGUAUUCGUUGUAUCUGUAUCGAGAACAAGGCAUAGAGCCACCGGACAAGCUUCUAGGCAUCCCUGUAUUGUUCAUCCCCGGAAACGCAGGCAGCUAUAAGCAGGUCCGUCCAAUCGCUGCCGAAGCUGCAAAUUACUUUCACAAUAACCUUCAGCACGAUCAUGGCGCUCUCGAUGCCGGCAUCCGGAGUUUAGAUUUCUUUACCGUGGAUUUCAACGAGGAUAUCACAGCAUUUCAUGGCCAGACGCUACUCGACCAAGCCGAAUACCUCAAUGAAGCUGUUCGCUACAUACUGUCGCUUUACUCUGACCCCCAACGCGCAACUCGAGAGGGCCACCUCCCUGAUCCGACAUCAGUUAUCGUUUUGGGGCACUCUAUGGGCGGAGUGGUCGCGAGAGCUAUGCUUGUUCAGUCUAAUUACCAAACGAAUUCGAUCAACACGAUUAUCACAAUGUCGGCGCCGCAUGCUCGCCCCCCUGUCACUUUUGACGGGCAAAUAGUUCAAAUUUACGAUGAGAUCAACGAUUAUUGGCGUCAGGCUUAUUCGCAAAAAUGGGCAAACAACAACCCUCUGUGGCAUGUUACCCUGGUUUCGAUCGCUGGUGGUGGGUUAGACACGGUGGUUCCGUCAGAUUAUGCAAGUCUCGAGUCUCUGGUCCCUCCGACACAUGGUUUCACUGUCUUUACAACCGGUAUACCGACUGUCUGGACAAGUAUGGACCACCAGGCUAUUCUUUGGUGUGACCAGUUUCGGAAAGUCAUCACCAAGACUCUCUAUGAUAUCGUCGAUGUUCAUCGAGGAUCGCAAACCAAGCCGCGGGCCGAUCGAGUGAAGACUUUCAAGAAGCGAUUCUUGACGGGAAUGGAACCAACUAUGGAAAAGGACUUGCCACUCAAAGAAGCCACCACUCUUCUGACAUUGAGCGACGACUCAAACUCGAUUCUUCCAGCAGGACAGCGGCUCGUCCUUAGCCAAAUCGGCCAGCAGCCGAAGCCUCGAGCUCAUCUGCUUCCCAUCCCACCGCAGGGAUCCCCCGAGGUCAAACGAUUCACUGUUCUUACGGAUGCUGCUUUAGACGAAGCUGGUGAAAAUGGCAAGUUGGAAGUCUUGUUCUGCAGCGUGUUCCCCUUCCAAUCUGGGCAAGCCACAUCGCUAUAUCCAUUCCAAAUUGAUCUCUCGACCGAUGGUAGCGGCUCGACCAGGCUUGCUUGUAAGAACGCUGCAUCAGACCGGAUUCUGCUGCCUGCAUCCACAGCCUCGUCUAGAUAUCCGUUCUACCUCGACCGAGAGCGAGAAAUUGUCCCUUUCUCGUACCUUCAAUAUGAUCUCGACCAGAUACCCGAUCACCAAUUUGUGGCUAUUAUAGAGAAGUCUGUUUCAAGCACUCGCAGUUUCCUGAUUGCAGAGUUCAGCGAUCAGUCUGCGUUUUCGAAGAAAGAAGACGCCAGUCUAGCGAAACUACUUUUAUCUGGAACCAGUUUGGACCUGCCUGCAAACCGGCCUCUGACUACAGAGGUCAAUAUCGCCUCGUUGCAGUCAGCUCUUCUUGCCUACAAGCUGGAAAUCACAAGUCCCCAUUGCCAAGCCGAAAAAGCCCUCUUCAGCCCCUUGGUCCGACAAUAUCUUGACCAGCCAUACGAGUCCAAGUAUUUUGUCAACGCUCAGUCUGUCGAUGUGAGUUUGCAUGGUGUGGCUCCCUAUCUUCCCCCCUCGCUGGGAUCUGGGGCUGAAAAGGGGGUUACGUUUCAAGUUUGGACAGAUCCUUCAUGCGGCUCAAAUAUUCACCUUCAAAUCAAGCCUGAUCUCUGGGGUAGCCUCGGCAAGCUCUACAUGAGGUACCGGACCGUCUUUGCCGCUUUCCCUAUGUUAACGGUUGCUCUCGUUUUGCGCAAGCAGUUCCGCGUUUACGACAGCUCAGGGGUUUUCAUCUCAUUCUCACAGAGUCUGGAUUUGUGUCUCCGUCAGUCGAUACCGCUACUGCUCAUAUCUCUGACGCUCUUGUCGAUGUCAAUGGAGGGAGUUCCAGCUACCUGGUUCGGCAGAUGGUGGUGGUACCGAGCGCCUGCUGCGCCCUUAUCCACUGACUUUCAUCGCCACGACAUUCUUAUUGGGACAGACGAUCCCUUCUUCUGGUUUCUUGUUCCCCUGAUUGGUGUCGUUUGCAUUGGUGUUUGUGCCAUGGUUCACUACAUGACCAAAGCCUUCACGCACAUCCUUGGCUUCCUUUAUUGGACUCUAACCCUACUCCCCCCUUCAAGCAGAGCUGAAGAUGAUGGAGUAGCAAGAACACCUGCAUUCGUCCCGUCAACCCCCAAGAGGCGUAUGAUCACUACAGCCAUUCUUCUGUUCCUCGUCUGGACAUUCAUUCCCUACCAAUUUGCCUACCUUGUGGCGUGCCUGGUGCAGCUUUUCACAGUGAUACGAGCUCUUCGUAUCAACGAAAAUGCCCCUUCAGAUGCAAACUCGAAUUACUACCACUAUGCACACUCUGUCCUGCUUCUAAUGCUGUGGAUUCUCCCGAUCAAUCUCCCCAUCCUGGCAGUAUGGAUUCGCAACUUGGCUGUUCAUUGGCUGACGCCAUUUUCUUCACACCACAAUGUUCUUUCAAUAAUGCCUUUCAUCCUUCUCGUGGAGAAUCUGACAACAGGCAAGAUGGUGCCCCAAGUUGGUAGACUUUUUGGUUAUGUAACGAGCCUGCUUCUUUUCGCGACUGCGCUCUACGCCGCCAUGUACGGGAUCUCUCACGCUUAUAUGCUUCACUAUUUGGUGAACAUCAUUGCUACUUGGCUGGUAGUGUUGCAUUCUACUAAGGACCCCUUCUCCCUAAGCGGACUCGGUGCGAUUUUUGAGAGCAGCCCAACGGAGGAACACAAAAAGUCUAAAGCUUCUUUAUGAAGGACUCGAUGACCAUAAUCAUCCCGUGAAUCAUAAUGUCUCCUGUUGCGACGCUUUUGUGCGUAUCAUCACGUAGCAUUGCACAAGGCAACAACCAUUUGGUGAACCACACACUACCUACUUUGUUUUCUGUUCUCACGAAUUACUAUUCUUCCUGGUUGGUUUGCAGCGCGGGCUUGCCCGGUAAUACCUAUUUAUUUUGCAUGGUUCUGGAAUCAACGCCUGCUGAGCAUCUGCGGAUAGACAGCGUUGUACGCCCUCUCGGCGCCAGGCCACGAUAUGAGCAUUUUUUCGGCGUUUUAUGGGUAGAUGGCACAAUAAAGGGAAAGUUGGAAGAGCCUGGUUUCAUUUGCAGGAUGUUAGUCACCUUUGCCCAUUUUGGUUUUGGUCAUUGUUUGAACGCUGCCAUUCUUAGAAAUGGUAGGAUGGUGGAAUAAUUCUAAUGUCGAGCCUCGUGUUGAUGAUUGUGAAAUAAGACCUUGGAUAUGUGAACGAGGCAUCAUCAAUCAUGAAACAGCAAAACUUGAUUUGCAUAUAAUCUCCAAUGAGACUUUCUCCAUGAUAAUGUUCAAGCUAUGGCCUAAUUGUGAAAUUGAAACGCUAGUCUAUCUUCUCGUA